AUGUCCAACAGCAGCUCCAUCACCGAGUUCCUCCUCCUGCCAUUCGCAGACACACGGGAGCUGCAGCUCCUGCACUUCGCGCUCUUCCUGGGCAUCUACCUGGCUGCCCUCCUGGCCAACGGCCUCAUCCUCACUGCCGUAGCCUGCGACCACCGCCUCCACACCCCCAUGUACUUCUUCCUCUUCAACCUCGCCCUCCUCGACCUGGGCUGCAUCUCCACCACUCUCCCCAAAGCCAUGGUCAAUUCCCUCUGGGACACCAGGGCCAUUUCCUACUCAGGAUGUGCUGUCCAGGUCUUUUUGUUUGUCUUCUUGUUUUCAGCAGAGUAUUCUCUUCUCACUAUCAUGUCCUAUGACCGUUACGUUGCCAUCUGCAAGCCCCUGCACUAUGGGACCCUCCUGGACAGCAGAGCUUGUGCCCAGAUGGCAGCAGCUGCCUGGGGCAGUGGCUUUCUCAAUGCUGUCCUACACACGGCCAGUACAUUUUCCCUGCCCCUCUGCCAAGGCAAUGUUGUGGACCAGUUCUUCUGUGAAAUCCCCCAGAUCCUCAAGCUCUCCUGUUCACAGUCCUUCCUCAGUGAAGUUUGGGUUCUUGUGGGUAAUGUUUUCAUCGACUGUGGGUGUUUUGUAUUCAUUGUGCUCUCCUAUGUUCAGAUCAUCAGGGCCGUGCUGAGGAUGCCCUCUGAGCAGGGGCGGCACAAAGCCUUUUCCAUGUGCCUCCCUCACCUGGCUGUGGUCUCUCUCUUUAUCAGCACUGUCAUGUUUACCUACCUGAAGCCCCUCUCCAUCUCCUCCCCAUCCCUAGACCUGGUUGUGGCAGUUCUGUACUCUGUGGUGCCUCCAGCAGUGAACCCCUUCAUCUACAGCAUGAGAAACCAGGAGCUGAAAGUUGCACUGAACAAAAUGGUUUCGUUGACAUUUUUCACUGUUGGUAAACUUCUCAUCUGUCUCCACAAAUGA